CUUCGUCCUUCGUGUCCACAUCACCGCACGUAGUUCUGUAUUGUCACUGACGGGCACACUCGAGCGAUGUUGUCCUUGUCCAGCAUGAGUACAGGAAGUGUUUAGUCAUGGCGUCGGAGCACACCAAUGGCGGAUUCACCCUUUCUCCACCUCAGUCAUUAGCUUCGACUACGAGCCACGCGACUUCGACCUUGCCACACCCACGCGGCACACCGCUAAGAGCGGGUGGCAGUAAAGAGUCUGCGUUCAUUCGCUAUGUAGAUCAGCGGAUACUGCACAUACAGCGCCGCUUCGCCAAACGGACCUCACCUUCCGCACCUACGCUCGCGGAUACGGACCGCGAGAAAGCUGAUGAUUGGGGCGAUGUCGCAGGCUACAGCAGCAUGCGUGAAGCUUGCCGGGAAAUCGAGAACUUGGUUGAUGUGGUCUGGGUGAGCGGGACACCCAGCCUGCAGGUCCCGUAUUUGAUCAAUUUGGCAUUACUGCUGAGCACGGUGAUACCGGCGAUGCCGCCUACGCCGCGAAGCCUUUUCAGAGUGUUGGCCAAGCUGGACUACUGCUUCGCAAGCUUGAUUCAGGGGAGAGAUGUCGAGACGGGAGAAUCUCUGCCUGGCUUUGCCGGACAUAAAGGCGUUAGUGGGACGGAGAAGGUGAGGGUGAGAAGUUUGGUGGAGAGAACAAGGGUGGAGGUCGUGGAGUCAUUCAAAAAGGGCGAAUUUGAGUACGAAGAUCCGGGGACAGAGCAUGGGGAAGGCGAGUUGAUGCUUGAAGGCGGGGAUGUUGAUGAGAUGGGUGAUGACGGUGAAGACAGCAAUGACAUGCAGAUUGCACGAGUGUACGACCGCACCAUACAGGAGCUCGGAGAUAGUCUCGAAGCGCCUGGUAUUGGCAUUAUAACGGAGAAGCGUGGAUGAAGUCUGGCUAUCUGGCAGUUUACAUGCCGCUAUCGGAGUGCUUGUUAAAGCUUGAAGAUGCCUGGAUUGUGUCGUACUAAGCGAUGAUUCCAUUGUUGGCUUUGGCGCGUGAAUGGAGCUGCGCAGCAGGCGCAACCCGCCGUGCCUUCCCUACGCGGAAGAUUCACAGACAGCG